AUGUCCUCAUUCAACUUAGACACACUAGUUAGACCAAACAUCUUGACAUUGGAACCAUACCGUUGUGCAAGAGACGAUUUUAAAGAAGGUAUCUUAUUAGAUGCUAAUGAAAAUGCAUAUGGUCCAUCUUUAACAGAUUUAUCACAAUAUGAAUCAACUUUAGAAUUAAAUCGUUAUCCAGAUCCUCAUCAAUUAGAAUUGAAACAAAAGAUUGUUGAUUUUAGAAAUGGUGAAAAUAAAUAUGAAAUCUCAAAAAAUGAACAAAUCACUCCUGAGAAUUUAUGUCUUGGUGUUGGAUCUGAUGAAAGUAUAGAUGCUCUUAUAAGAACUGUUUGUGUCCCAGGGAAGGAUAAAUUACUUAUUGCACCUCCAACUUAUGGGAUGUAUUCAAUUUCUUCUACUAUUAAUGAUGUUGAAAUUGUUAAAGUUCCAUUAGAUUUUGAAAAAUUUCAAAUUCAACCAGAUUUAAUUAAUGAAAUUUUAUCAAAAGAUUCAUCAAUUAAAUUAGUUUAUAUUACAACACCAGGUAAUCCAACUGGUGCAUCUGUUGAUUUUUCAUUGAUUGAAAAAGUUUUAUCAAAUCCAAAUUGGAAUGGUCUUGUCGUUGCUGAUGAAGCUUAUGUUGAUUUUGCUCCAAUUGGUUCUUCUUUAUCAACAUUAGUGGAAAAAUACCCAAAUUUAGUUGUUUUACAAACUGUAUCAAAGUCUUUUGGUCUAGCUGGUAUUAGAUUAGGUAUUACUUUUGCUAAUAAGAGAUUAUCUUCAAUUUUAAAUGCUUUGAAAGCUCCUUACAACAUUUCUUCAUUAACUUCAGAUAUUGCUUCAAGAUCAUUAUCUCCAGAAGGUAUAAAAUUAAUGAGACAACGUGUUGAAAUUUUAAAUUCUGAAAGAUCGAGAUUAUGGGAAUCAUUACAAAAAUUUAAAAAUAUUGGUAAAUUAAUUGGUGGAUUAGAUGCAAAUUUCCUUUUAAUUGAAGUUAUUGAUGAAAAUGGUAAACCAAGUUCUCCAUUAGCUAAACAAUUUUAUGAAAAAUUAGCUACAACUAAAGGUGUUGUGGUUAGAUAUAGAGGUGGUGAACCAGGUUGUUCAGGUGGUUUAAGAAUCACUGUUGGUACCAAGGAAGAAAACGAUGCUCUUUCAGAAAGAUUUCAAGUCGUUGCUAAAGAAUUAUAG